AUGGCAUUUUCUUUCUUGACACUUUUCGUCAUCUUAUUUAUACAAUUUACACCAUCAACUCUCGCUUACGUCAGCAACAACUAUCGUUCUUCUUCUUGGGUUUUCUGGAGUUAUGAAGAUGGAUAUAGGAGAUGUGAAAAUAUAUGUAUAAUAGUAUUUGUAAUAUCUGCAGUUUUGUUGGCAGCAUUAUUUGUUUGUGGUGCUUGUUUAUGUUUAAGAAGUAAAUAUAAAAAAAAAUCUACGAAAGAAAAAGAAGAAUUCUAUAGUAAAGAAACUGAUAGUAUGGAUGAGAUUUAUAAAUAA